AUGGAAGAACGAUUUUCAGUUUCUAUAUGUUUUAAUCUUCGUUCAUUAACUCUUUAUAGAGUGGACGGAUUUUUUCUUCAAGUAAUUUUUAAAACUAUUCCAAAGGUUAAUCAGAUAAAAGAUAUACGUAUUGAAAAUCCAUAUUCAUUACAAUCUGCAAUGGAAGUUUCCUAUAAUGGUUUUUUAUUACAAGAAUAUCAUCUGAAAUUAAAGUCUAUUGUUAUUUGUUCAUUUUAUUUAACUGGAAAUCUUUAUCUAGUUUCUAAUGUUCCUACUAUUUUUUUCAAUCUUCGUCGUAUUGCACUUGAAGGGUUUUAUUGGAGAGCAGAUAUUCUUGAAUUUUUGAAAAAUAAUACACCAAAUCUUCAAUCAUUAUACAUUCGUACUUAUGCAUCUACAUUAUAUGAACCAUCAUUAACAAAAUAUGUUUUAAAAAUAUUUCUUGGACAAAUGUUUCCUUCUUUACAACGAUUAUAUAUUCAAUGGGAUACUCUUCAACAAUGUCCAUUGAUUGAUGGUUUUCAUUCGCAGAAUAUUAUUCAAAAUAGUUGGCCUUUAAUGCAAAAACUCACUUUAGAUUUAAAAUGUGCAAAAAUUAAUGAACAUUUCUUAAAUACAUUUUAUCAAAAUAAAUAUUGGAUGUCAAAAAAACUCAUUCCGACUGUUUGGGGACCUCAGUAUAAUUCUAAUCCAAUAUUAAGAAUUUUAUUUUAA